AUGUCGAAAAGAGAGAGAGGUGAAAAUCGUCGUGUUGUUGUGUCUGGAUUCGGAAGCAAUAUCACUUCUGAUUCAAUUGCUGCCGUUUUUACGCCUUAUGGUAAGGUUGAGGGCAUUCGCUUCAAAGGCAGGAAAUGCUGCACUGUUCAAUUUGAAGAAUCAGAAAGCGUCUUGAAAGCAAUACAGCUUCAUGGUUCCCGACAGCCUUUACUGAAUACGACUCAAUUGAAUGUCACUCCCAUUGAUCCGUUGCCUGUUAAGAAGUCGAAAGUUUAUGCGGGAUCCUUUGUUGUAUUAGAUCCACCCCGGUUUAAUAAUUUCUUGAUUCCUGUUUUGCCAUCUUUUAUGUCAUCAGGUUUCAAGUAG